AUGGUCCAAACACGCCGACGAGACGAAGGAGGGACCGGCGCGAUACUUGUGAUCCUGGUGGUACUUCUGCUGGUAGCUCAACUACCAAGAGUAUUAGGACAACCUGGUUAUUUAGGGUGCUAUGAGGACUCAAAAGACGAUCGCGCACUUGGAGGACCUAGCUGGAAGGAUGUGAUUGAGCAGUCUUGGGAGUGGUGCAUCCACAGUUGUGUUUCAUAUCAGUACAUGGGACUAGAGUUUGGUAAUGAAUGUUUCUGUGGACGUAAUGUUGACUAUGGCAGGCAUGGUAGUAGAUCUGGCUGCACCAUGGCGUGUGAAGGAAACAGCAGUGAGACAUGCGGUGGACGAAACCGAAUUGAAGUCUACAGAGGUGAGACAUGA